AGGACCUAAAAUCAAGUUUGAAUACCUUCGUUAUUUCAGUUUAUAUGAUUCUUGCAUAGUGCAUAUUCCUACAUUAUAUUAUGAACUGCCAGCAAACCGGAGUUAGGGUACUAUUUUAGCACAAGAUCACUGGUUUUUGCAAAUUGGGUUAAUUAACACAAUAAACUCAUUUCCAUGUAGUGCUUAUAAAUGGCUUCCGUUGCCAUCCUAGGAUUAAAUCCCUGCACAUACAACGCAUGCGUAAUAAAUUCAGGUUUUAUUACCCAGGAGAUGACUUCUCAGGUAGUGCUGGUGUUCCGUUCCGCCACAGCAAGCCCACCACCAACGCAUAAUAAUGUGUGGGUUUAUGUUACAGAUAGUUACGGUCAUGCUUUGGGUUACGUUUACCCAAUUUUAAGACGAGGAGACAGCGUGUCUUCUCUGUAGACUACCUUAUCCUGCGAAGAGGCGCUGCCUGACAGGCUAAACCCAGGGAACACUAUGCUCGAUGACGUGGACUCCUGAGUCCUGCGUGUGUGUGGCGGAAGAUGGCUGACAGCGGACCCGUCGCAUCGAAAAGAUGCGAAAAGAUGUCCUCUGUGAGUAUGGAGACCAUCUCAGCCCUGACGGAGCUGGAGGACCUGGAGAGAGUUUACCAGCAGCUCUGCGUGGAGGAGAAAGAAGUGGAAGCUGAGCUGGACAGGCUGGUGGGGCAGGAGGGGACCAUUCACACAAAGAUGCUGGCACUGCAGAGGAUGGGGCCCAAAUUACAGUUGAUCGGAGGAGACGCCAGUCAGCUGUCGGGCAUGAUCACAUUUACCUGUAGCCUGGCUGAAAACGUCAGCAGCAAAGUCAGACAGCUAGACCUGGGAAAGACACGGCUGUAUAACGUCAUCCAGCGUGCUGACGAUAUCCUCGAUCUGAAGUUCUGCACAGACGGUGUGCAGACGGCUCUACGUAACGAAGAUUAUGAACAGGCUGCUGCCCACAUCCAUCGAUACCUCUCUCUGGACCAGUCAGUUAUUGAGCUGAGCAGGCAGGGAGAAGAAAGCAGUGCUGUGGAUGCCAGUCUGAUAAUGCUGCAGGAGGCAGAGCAGAAACUGAAGGUCAUCGUCGCUGAGAAGCUGGAUGAAGCUGUAGCAGCAGUCGACCUCGCGCAAGUGGAAAGGUUUUUCAAGAUCUUCCCUCUGUUGGGCCUCCACCAGCAGGGCCUCGCCCGCUUUGGCCAGUAUCUCUGCAGUCAGCUUGCCUCCAAAGCUGAGGAGAACCUGCUCUUGGCUACAGGAGGAGACCUGGGCGAGAAGAGAGCACCGCUGGUGUUUGCAGACACUCUGACGCUGCUGCUGGAAGGUAUUGCUCGUGUUGUUGAGACUCAUCAACCUAUAGUAGAGACGUAUUACGGUCCAGGCCAUCUGUACACACUCAUCACUCACCUGCAGCAGGAAUGUGACCGACAGGCCCAGAAAAUAGUCGACAAGUUCAUCCAGCAGAGAGGAUACCACAACAAGUUUCAGAUUGUCCAGAGCAGCAUGAUGAAGAGCGUGCCAGGGGAGAGGAUCGAGCCCAAGGAGCUGGACCCUGUACUGACAGAAGUAACCCUGAUGAACGCAAGGGCGGAGCUCUACCUGCGCUUUUUACGUCGUCGCAUGCUGGCCGACUUUGAAGUUGGGGAUGCUCAGAGCGUCACACAGGAGCAUCAGCAGAAUGUGGAGACGCUACUGAAACACUGCUUGCUGAGCAGGACGAUGCAGGAGCUGAUUGGCUACUACAUUCCAAUGGAAGAGUACUACAUGAGAGAGUCUGUCAACAAGGCUGUUAGUAUGGAUACAUAUGAAAAGGGUCAGCUGACCUCCAGCAUGGUGGACGACUGUUUCUACAUUGUGAAGAAGUGCAUCAGUAGAGCUUUAUCCAGCUCCAGCACCGACUGCCUCUGUGCCAUGAUCAACCACGCUAACUCUGUGCUGGAGUCAGACUUCAGGGAGGUGUUGUAUAAUAAGUUGCGGCAGGGCUUCCCGGCUACGACGCUUCAGGACAUCCAGCGUGGCGUCAGCAGUGCGGUCAGUCUGAUGCAGAGCAGCUUACAGCAGGGCAAGUUCAACACACUGGGCAUCGAGAGCGCUGAACACGCCAAGGCUGCAUUUCUGGUGACUCUGAAUAAUGUUGAGGUGUGUAGUGAGAAUAUCACAACUUUAAAGAGGAACCUUGAGAAUGACUGCUCCAAGUUGUUCAGUCAGGGUGCCGGCUCUGGCGAACAAGCCAAGAUUGAAAGCUGUUUGUCCGACCUCGUCAACACGUCCACCAAGUUCAAGGAUCUCUUACAGGAGGGCCUGACUGAGUUAAACACAACAGCCAUAAAGCCACAGGUCAAACCCUGGAUCAGCAGCUUCCUGUCCAUCUCACACAACAUAGAAGAAGAGGAGUUUAAUGAUUACGAAGCCAAUGAUCCCUGGGUGCAGCAGCUCAUCGUUAACUUGGAGCAGCUCAUGGCAGAGUUCAAGACGGCCCUCUCCCCUGUCAUCUAUGACACCCUGACCAGCCUGAUGACCAGCUUGAUAUCUAUUGAAAUGGAGAAGACCGUCCUCAAAUGCUCGUUCAGCAGGCUUGGAGGGCUGCAGUUUGAUAAAGAGCUUCGGUCUCUUGUGGCGUACCUCACCACUGUGACCACCUGGACCAUCAGGGACAAGUUUGCUCGUCUCACACAAAUGGCCACCAUCCUCAACCUGGAGCGGGUAACGGAGAUCUUGGAUUACUGGGGCCCAAACUCGGGCCCCCUGACGUGGCGGCUGACCCCGGCGGAGGUGCGUCAGGUUCUAGCGCUGCGUAUUGACUUCAGAAGUGAAGAUAUCAAGAGGCUGCGACUGUGACUCACAAACCAGUGCGCUGGUUUAUCAGUGAUUGCCGUGUAGUACCUACCUUGUGAUGCUUUUCACUAAAGAGCUCUGCGCAAUCCAGGUUUAAUCCAUGUUUCUGUAAAUGGAUGCGGGCAGGGCACGGGAAAAUGGCCGGGAAACAAAAAUGCUCGCUGCUCAUCCUGGAGAUUUCAGGCUCUGCCUUCUGUUGCACACCCGGCUGAUGUCUGACAUCUGUGUCAAAGUUACAGCUCAUCUUUUAGCGGCAUGGUUUGUGGUUACGAGAUAUUUGAUAUGAAUGAUCUGUAAAAUGUGAGAAUAUUCUCUUAAAUGUGUAAUUAAAAAGUGUAACUGUGUCACACCGGGAGUUCCAACCUUUUAACCUGUAACUGGCUCUGAGAAACGAGGACACGCUGGGACUGAGGAGAGGAGCUCUGCGGCUGUCGGUGAAACAGAGCAGUAAUGAACAUCAUACCCAUUAAACUGACAGAAGCAGGUCAGACAGCUGAUCCAGCCUAGUCAUUCAAUAUAUGAAUAGCUCCUUGUCUGUGCUGAUGGAACACUUUUAACCUGAUAAACUGAGAGCCGCUGUGCGACGCCUCUGAUCCCUGCCAUCCACCACAUUUCACAAAGUGCUGCCCUAUUGCCAUGCAAGACCUGUUCCCAAUCUUUUAUACGUGUUUCUGACACUAAAUAAAAGCUGUGUUCACCAGGCAA